AUGCUACGAACACUUCGAACCUCUCAAUUGGCACGAUCCGGCUUUGGAACGCCCUCUUUUGGUCUGCGAUUUAACUCCGUUGGCCGGGCGUUUGUCUUCUCCCAAACUGGCGAGCCCAAGGACGUGAUCCAGGUGCUGGAGUAUCCCAUUGAGAAGCCUCUGGAGAACCAGGUGCUGCUUAAGUCGCUCGGAUUCACUAUCAACCCGGCUGACAUUAACCAAUUGGAGGGCGUUUAUCCCUCUGUGCCUCCCAAAUCCGUCCAGAUCAACAACGAAGACGCUGCUAUUGGAGGCAACGAGGGUCUGUUCCAGGUGCUUGAUCCCGGUGCCAAGUCUGGACUGAAGAAGGGCGACUGGGUUCUUCCUCGAAAGACAUGCUUUGGAACCUGGCGAUCACAUGCUCUGGUGGAGGCUGACACCGUUGUGAAGAUUGACAACACUGAUCUCACCAAGGUGCAGGCUACCACUGUGUCUGUUAACCCCUCUACUGCUUACGAGAUGCUCAAGGACCUCAAGGAGGGCGACUGGUUCAUUCAGAACGGUGGUAACAGCGGUGUUGGGCGAGCAGCUAUUCAGAUUGGCCACAUCCGAGGUCUCAAGAGCAUCUCUGUGGUCAGAGAUCGUCCUGAUCUCGAAGUGCUCAAGAAGGAACUCACCGAUCUGGGCGCCACCCACGUAAUCACUGAGGAGGAGGCCUCGGAUAAGUUGUUUUCCAAGCAGAUCAAGUCCUGGACCGGCGGAAAGAUUAAGCUGGCUCUCAACUGUAUUGGAGGAAAGAGCGCCACUUCCAUCAUGCGACAGCUGGGAGCCGGAGGAUCCAUUGUCACUUACGGAGGCAUGUCUAAGAAGCCUCUUACGUUCCCCACUGGCCCUUUUAUCUUCAAGGACAUCACUGCCAAGGGCUACUGGCUGACUCGAUGGGCCGAUAAGCACCCUGAAGAGAAGGCUAAGACCAUUGAGAACAUCUUCAAGUUCUACCGAGAAAAGAAGUUUGUGGCUCCUCCCGUUAACAUUUCGACUCUGGACUUCAGCAAGGGUAACGACGUUGUUCUGUCCGAGUUUUUGGACGCCCUUGGAAAGGCUCAGAAGGGCGGAGGUAAGAAGCAGCUGGUUCAGUGGGUGGAGUACUAG